UUCCUGAGCGCUGCCUCCCUGGCCGACGUGGCGGUGCUGGUGGUGUCGGCGGCGGCCGGGGAGUGGGAGCUGGCCGCGGAGAGCGGCAGAGUCAAGGAGUUGGCGCUGGAUAGUUUCACCAUGGGCAUCAAGAACGUCGUAGUGUGGGUCACCAAAAUGGAUGACUUCACCGUGCAGUUCAGCCAGUCCAGAUAUGAUGAGAUAAAGAAGGCGGUGCCAGCCUUCCUGAAGGACGUAGGCUACAAGCUGAAGGAUGUGCCGGUUGUGCCCAUAGCCGGCCUUUCGGGGCAAAAUUUGAACGCCAAGUCCACCGAGAUGCCGUGGUACGCCGGCCACUCCGCCUUGGAAUCCCUGGACGCCCUGGGGGAGAUGAACCGGCCGGCCGAGAAGCCACUGAGAUUGCCAGUGCUGAAAGUGCAUGACCAGCCAGAGGCUGGACCAGUAGUUAUAGGUCGCGUAGAGACCGGGACCAUCAGACCCGGCAUCAAGGUCAUUUUCGCGCCUGGCGGCCUUGUUGCGGAAGUUAAAUCCGUGCACAAGGCAGGCGUCAAGGCUUCAGACGCCAGAGAAGGGGAGGUGGUGAGCGUGAGUCUUAGUGGAGUGGAGGCGUCAGAGCUGCGGAAAGGGAUGGUGAUCAGCGGCAGUACGGACCCUGCCAGCGAUGCCGAGACCUUCUUGGCACAGGUGGUGGUUUUCGAGCACCCCGGGCAGAUCCGUGCGGGCUACUGUCCCGCCAUCGCCGUGCACACAACCCAGGUGCCUUGUGAGUUCGAGGAGCUCCUCAGCCGAGUGGACCGUAAGACGGGCAAGGACGCCGAGGCCAAGCCUGCCAGUGCAAGGUCUGGGGAGGUGGUCACGGUGAAGAUGCGGCCGCGGGCGCUGGUGUGCGUGGAGACCUUCAGUUCCUACCCGCCCCUGGGCCGCUUCGCCAUCCGGGACCAUGGGCGCACCAUCGGCGUGGGAGUCAUCAAGGAGGUCUCCAAAAAGGCGGUGCCGAAGAGGAGUGAGAGCUUCGACGAAUGAAGGCUCAGUUUGCAGUGAG